GACUAAGAAAGAGAGAUACUCAUUUUUUAUUUUAACACAGGGAGCAUGAUACAUAGUAUAUGCACAAAGAACUCUAUUCAUCCCAUUAUAAUGACAUUACUAUAUGUGAAAUGGGAUUUUGCUAAUUUAGUAAAAGAAAAGGACACUGUUUGCCGGAAUGCACGGAUUCAUACCUCAGUGGUUUGAGUAAACAUCUGGAGAAGAAAGAACCACUGAAAAGUAACAGUAUUUAGUCUUUUCCAAAGCAAAAAUCUUGGACUAUCUAACUCAUGUUUUUUUCCCCUCCUCAGCCAGACGCCAUAUGCACGCCUUCACCAGUCGACCCACUUUUGACUGGACAGACUGCGCUGCCUCUGUUAUUAGUCUGUGUUUAUCACAGGGUUUGAAAAGCUCAAGUUUAUCUCCUAACAAGCUACUUUACACUCGAUUGUAAGGGUAAUCGUCUAACACACUCGAGUGAACAUGUAGAGAUGGAUUUUAUGAAGCUGUUUGGCACUGUUAUCGCCGUUUUGUUCCACCCUGGAUCCGCUUCUAAAAUAAAUGGCCAAAGGAUCUGUCGGCGCGGCACAGAGCGGCCAUGCUACAAGGUGUCCUACAUCCAGGACAGCAGGCGGAGGCUGACCUUUGAGGAUGCCAGGCAGGCCUGCAGGCUGGAUGGAGGCGAGCUGCUCAGCAUCGAAACUGAAAGUGAGCAGCGACUGAUGGAGAGGUUCAUACAGCAGCUGCAGGCUGGAGAUGGAGACUUCUGGAUCGGGCUCCGGCGCAGCCCACAGCGCUAUAAGGCAGGGACCACAAGCCCAGGUUGCCCCUCGCAGUACUAUUGGCUGGAUGGAAGCAAGGCCAAGUUCAGGAACUGGCAUUGGGAUGAGCCAUCGUGUGGUAGUGAAAUGUGUGUGGUUCUGUACCACCAGCCCUCUGCACCACCUGACGAAGAAGGUCAUUUCCUGUUCCAGUGGAAUGAUGACAACUGCAACUCCAAGAACAACUUUGUGUGCAAAUACCCAGAAGAAAAAGUACCAGUAUUUACUGAGGAAGGGAACACAGCACAUGCAGUUCCAUCUUUGAGGCCGAAUGUAUUCUCAACUACAGAAAGUGAUGAGAGGAUAAAAAUAAGACUACCUGAGUCAUCAGUAUCUCUCUCAGACAACACCUUGUAUGUCUCCUAUAUCCUUUAUGCAACUAUUCCUGCUCUACUGCUGCUGCUGUUUGCAGCUGCUGGGUUCUUCUGCUACAAACAGCACACUAAGAGGAGGAAGACAGAAACACAAAGCUAUCCCAGCAGAUCAAAACCAUGGAUGUCAACAACAGCUUCACCUUACGCCGUGCAAGGACCUUAUGCCUUUAGUGACAUUACUAAACUGCCUCACACUGCUCUGGACAGCAGCAGGCCAGCAGACAUCAUGACAAAGUACCCUUGUGCUCCUUCCCAGGACUCCCAGUGUGAUGAUUAUGAGAAUGUGUCAUGUGCAGACAGGGAGAGCGGCUUUGUGACCAAUGACAUCUAUGAAACCUGCAAAGCUCAAAGCCGGCGCUGCCGCAGUCAGACUGGUUGGGUGGAAAAUGAGAUCUAUGGAUAACACUGUUGAUGCCCAUCUGUUCAAACGAAUAUGACCCAGCUUGACAGAGGAACACAAUGUUCUCCAUCCCUUUCUUCCUGUACAUCCGACUGGUAACUUGUGUGGUGCAGGAUGGCUGUAUCGGCCUGGAGCCUGAGCAUCCAGCAUCCAAAGCUGCAGUCAGAUUAAUGCUUAAAGGAGGAAGUUGUCUACUGAAACUCCAAAUUUAGGCCCUGAACUUCCCCUAACCCCACCAGUCGAGAAUUUUCAAAAUGUCAAUCAAAUUGUGAAUCUGAGCAUUGCAUACCUUUGGAUUCAGGAGUAUUAGAUGGGUUUUAUAAAAAAUUAUAAUAUAUUUCAAAUAUCAUUAAUAAAUUUUUUUAUUAAACAAGAGUUUAUAGCCAUGCUGGCAGCUCUGUGAGCUAAAUGUUUACCAUGUUCACCAUCUUAGUUUAGUGUGUUAACAUGCUAACAUUUGAUAAUUAGGACUAAACACUAAGCUAAAGCUGAUGGGAAUCUCAUUUGUUUUCCAGGUAUGUGGUUAUAAACCAAAGUAUUUAAUAAAUUUAAGGUUUGGGGAUCAUCAAUACUUGUUGAGACCACAAAUGUCAACCUUAUCCCCCUCACAGUUGGCCAUAGGUGUUAUGUGGGAUGGUGGCGUUAUGUCAUUGUGAUACAUAAUCCCGACAAAUUAUGUAACUUCACAGUAGCUUUCAGAGAGGCAUUAAUGAACUUGAAUAAGCGGAAAUGAGUCAGGUCAGUGCUACAAUAUUUGGCGUGGUGAUUUGCACAGUUAACCCCGGGAAUAUAAGUGCAAGUUUUGAGAACCCACGCAAAGUUACUCAUGUUGUAAACAAUCCAAAAUUAAACUGCUCAGCCAGUUUUCCCAAUCCCGUCGUCAUAUUAUGACACACAAGGACAAAAAGAUCCUGUUGGCUCUCUACGGCAGUGGAGUUGUCCUAUUUAGGGACUAUUCUGACCCUUUCUCGAAACCUGAAGAGUGGUGUCAGCCCUGUGGAAGGCUUCCUGUUUGGACUCUGAUGUCAGGGAAAAGGACAGUACAUGCGGAAACACUGAUGACAGAACUCUGCUGACCUCAGUAAACCUCAAAGCUGUGUGCUUUCCCGACUCUCAACCAGUUGUGUGAGAAACUCAACCCUCCCUCUGACCUAACAGUACGGAGACUUUUUAGGAGUUUGGAAUAUGUCACGGACUCAUUCAGCUGUGUGUUUACUUGUAAAAGCAUAUGCCUGGCUUGUAAAUUUGUAAAAUAAAAAUGGAUAUACAUUACUGAGCACAAA